GGAUGAACAAAGAAGAUAAACAAAAAAUAAAGAUCACUCGAUCAUCUGAAUUACGGAUCAAUUGUUGAUGUGCAUGCAUAAUUUCAUGAUCGUGGUCCUCGUCUUAAUCCAAGGCGUGAAAACGAUCAAGCAGUUCUAACCGAAGUAAGCUAAUUGAGUGCUAUUACACGGCACUCGUGCAAAAUUGUCCAGUUCUAUGAAGGAAGUUGUAAACUGGUCAAUUGAGACGAAUCUGUUAAUUCGAGUGGGCGAUAAAAAGCUUCAAGUUUCACCUUGCGUCCUACGAUUAUUUCAUGCAAAACAAAUUCGAGAAUUCAACAUGCAAUGCUGUAUAUAUAAAAAUAUAAAAUAUCUGCAUAUUCCUGCAUAGAGAUGCUACUGCAUGAAACGCGCUAUUAAAUGGACAUUGCAGAAAGGAAAACGUACGAGAUUUCUUGGCUGAAUAUUCGCCCGGAAUUCGCUUGACGGGUCCAUGGGGCGGGAGGGAAACGGGUUGGCAUCUUCGGAAUGCAGUCGAAAGAACGACGCUACGUCAACGAUUCUGAAUAAAAUCCAGUGCGGCGCCUACUUGCUAAGACCGUGGGCGAUUCUGUUGUUGCGACGAUAAUCGAGGGACGGAGGAGCGAGAAGUGGAUUGGACGACGUGCAACCUCCUUAUCCUACUCGUUCUCGAUCAAGUUCCCGAAUGUGGGGUUCAUUCGCGUGGGUGGUGUUGUCAGUAGCGCCAGUGGUGUGAGGGCUAUGAGGUGGGGAGUGACCACAGCCUCUACCCAGUUGGCAUAGCAUAAAUGAGAGCUCUCCUGGCCAGGAACUCCCAUAUGCCACUUAGCAUCAACUCGGUACGCCUCUUUCGGUAAAGUAUUCAUAGUGAUUUUCACUCCACUUCUGGAAAAUCGUGCGUUCCUAUUCAUCCAGUUGAUUGUUGACCGGUCUCCGCGUAGGGAUCCUCUUGGACGUCUUCCUAAAUGAUCUAACUAUUUGUUAAGGUUUUUUUUUGACCUCGUUUGCUCGGCGUCAGUCACCCUUUGACAAGUAUAAUAUCUGCGUUUUUGGAUUCUCAUGUUCCACGUGCUUCCGGUUCUGGACUCUUGGCUUGGCUGGACCAGUGAAACAGAUAGCUUGUGUCUUACGAAUUUUCUUCAGUAGUAUUAUGAUGAGAGGGACAAUAUUUUUGUUAUUGCUUCUCAUCCUGACUGUAAUUGAGCUACACCAAGCUCAGCCGACUGAAUUCCCUGGUGAGGGCGACGAGGAGGAUGAGGAAGAGAUCGAUGGUGACUUGAUUAAGGAGUUUGGCACUUCCUUCCCUUCCGAAGACGUCGAGAACGAACGUGAGAAAGCCCUGGAAAAGUUACAAAAGAUUUUUGGAAUUACUGGUCAAAACGAAAGAUCCAAUCGCAGGACUAUUCAACCAUCACCGCCGCAGUUCAUGAUGGAGCUUUAUAACGCAAUAGCGGACCCUCGGGGUGUCACUCGAGGACGUAAUCCCUAUAAUGCCAGAGUCGUCAGAAGUUUCAUCGAAAGGGAUAGUUCCCUAUCGCACUUUUAUCUAUUCGACAUCUCUGGCUUGGAGGUGGACGAGUCAGUUCUCGAAGCGGAGUUACAUCUCUACAGAAGGCGAGCAUCGCUCAAGGAUCUUCAUCCCAGUGUAUUGUCAAGUCCUUAUUAUCUGAUAAGAGUCUAUCAGGUAUUACCUGACCAGAGUUUGGAGGAGCCUGACCUCCAUAGGCUUUUGAACAUCCACUAUGUCGGUGCUCAUGCUUCCGGUUGGCAGGUCUUCAACGUAAAACAAGCUGUUCUAUCUUGGAUGAACGGAGCACCGAACCUCGGCCUCCUAGUGACGGCCUCCACGCUUUUCGGGGACCAGGUGUCAGUUUCAUUCUCACGGCGCAGCGAUAACCAGCACAGUAAACAACCGAUCCUCGUGCUCUUCGACGACGACGGCGGCCACGGUGACGACUUGCGCUCAGCCGAAACGAGCGGAGGAACGCUACCGUAUUAUUAUAAAUACGAUAACAGCCUAGAAGGCUUGGAUAAUGUCAGUUACAAGACCGAAGAUAAGGAAGCGAAUACCUUCGAAGGAUACCGGAAACGCGAGCAACACUCUAACAGAGAAUCGCCAUUCCUUCAAGGAUCCACUAUGCGGCCAUCGACGACGUCGCUAAAGAACGAAGAUAUGCAGCUGGAAAGGUCAGUACGCUCCAUUCACGAUGAACGGACCUAUAGUCCCAGGUUCCUUAAAUCCAUGGACAUUUACGCGAAAGCCACAAGACGCGAAAGGAUGGCAGCAAGGCGUAUCCGACGUUCAGCAACUGAAAACUAUAAAGAGGCACCAUUCUCGAUGAGGCGGACCCGUGCGGAUCCACAACUAGGAAACGCCACAGACUGUACCAGGCAUGAGCUGUACGUGGACUUUGAAGAGAUUGGAUGGUCUUCCUUUAUCAUCGCACCCAAGGGCUACUCGGCGUAUCACUGCAAAGGUCACUGCAACUUCCCAUUAAGUCAAAGCCAACGGCCGACCAAUCACGCGACAGUUCAGAGCAUCGUCCACAAGUUGGGCCUGGCCAACGACGUCCAGGAACCGUGCUGUGUCCCUACUAAACUCCUCAGUGCGAGUAUCCUCUAUUUCGAUGACAACGACAACGUCAUUCUCAAGAUGUACGAGGACAUGAUCGCUGACCGAUGUGGAUGUCACUAGUCAUUAAGUAGUGACUAGGAAUAUUUGUUUGCGUCUCGACAUUUUACAGUUGUACAUAUUAAUAAAUUAAUAUUUAAGUUA